GCAGUUACACUAACCCGCGCAUUCUUCUUCCUCCUGUGAACGAUGAUCGAAUCACUCAUAUUGCUUCCAUUCUUCAACAAGUAAUAUUCCUAAUUCAAUAUUUAUAUUUACAAAUACUGUCCUUUACAUUCACUGCUCUUUUUCCUCUUUUUUUUUAACACUGACUCAUUUUUCUACCUUUUCUUCUUUCUCAAAGAAACCAAUGACUGCUUGGAUUCAAGGUGUUGUUGAGCUAGAUUAUAUACAUCAUAACUUAACUUAUAUAGCUUGUCCGCUUUGUUAUUAUCCAAGCAAAGUUGCAAGCAAUUUGCCAGUUACAUGUCAGCAUUGCCACUCUAACAUAGAUUUAGUUCCUAGAGCUCUCAUUGCAAUUUCACUCACUGAUAAAACUGGAUCUUUAUGUGCUACUGCUAUGGAUGUUGAAGUAGAGAGGCUAAUUCAGUAUUCAACCGCGGAACUAUACUAUUUACAACAAGAAGGCGUUGAUCUUGCUCAAUACCUUGCGCAUCCUUUACAAGGAAAGCUACUCCUGUGCUACAUUAAGCCCUCUCCUUCCAAGUUCAAACCCAUGAAAUGUGCAGCUUAUGAAAUAAUCACAUCCUACUCAACGGAUGAAGUUUUUAAUGCUGAAAAUAUUAACAUAAACAAUCUUAACAUCAAUGGUUGA